UGUAAACUGCCUUGAUGAUUCCAAAUUUGCGCUUUGACAUCAUCGCGUCAUCAUUACUCCUGUAAGGGUGUGGCGUAGGGCAAAUUGCAAAAUCUGUAACACAUCCAUAGAGCUCCACGUUCAUUUUCAUAAAAGGCCAUGUUACGUUCGCCGAGAUCGGAUUGGCUGUCUUGAUUUAAAAUCUGACAGGAAUAUGGGAAUAUGGAUGUAGCAAUUGUGUGACAAUCACAUACAUAUAGUCCCUCGAUAUUAUCAGUUUCUCAUUAAUUAGUUAAUACAGGGAUUAUAAGUGCAAGUGAGUAAACAAAAAAGAGGUGGAAUAUUUGUCAAACGUGUAAUCGUCUUUUUCUAUUAAAAUAUGCCAGGGGUUACAGAAAUGUCAUUGGAUCAUAUGUUUUGCUCUCGCUGCAGAGAAGGUUUUGUUGCACAUGAAAAGAUUGUAAACUCCAAUGGCGAAUUAUGGCAUCAACAAUGUUUUGUAUGCGCACAAUGCUUUCGACCAUUUCCAGAAGGAAUCUUCUAUGAAUUUGAAGGGUACAAAUAUUGCGAACAUGAUUUUCAUGUUCUGUUUGCCCCAUGUUGUGGCAAGUGUGGUGAAUUUGUUAUUGGCCGUGUGAUAAAGGCAAUGAAUGCCAACUGGCAUCCACAAUGUUUCCGUUGUGAGGAAUGUAACGGUGAAUUGGCAGAUGCAGGCUUCAUCAAGUGUCAAGGCAGAGCAUUAUGUCACACAUGCAAUGCCAGAGUAAAAGCCGGUGUGCUUGGAAAACACAUAUGUCAUCAAUGCCAUGGAGUAAUUGAUGACAAGCCUUUACGUUUUCGUGGUGAGCUUUAUCAUCCAUAUCAUUUUAAUUGUACAACUUGUGGUGUGGAACUCAAUUCUGCAGCUAGAGAAGUUCGUUCUCGACCUGGAUAUGCUGCCAAUGAAAUGAAUGAAUUGUAUUGCUUACGGUGUCAUGAUAAAAUGGGAAUUCCGAUUUGCGGUGCCUGUCGACGUCCGAUUGAAGAGCGCGUAGUAACUGCGCUCGGCAAACAUUGGCACGUAGAGCAUUUCGUAUGUGCAAAGUGCGAGAAGCCCUUUUUAGGCCAUCGUCAUUACGAAAAGAAGGGACUUGCAUACUGUGAAACUCAUUACCAUCAGUUAUUCGGGAAUCUUUGCUUUGUCUGCAAUCAAGUUAUUUCUGGAGAUGUUUUUACAGCGUUGAAUAAGGCAUGGUGCGUCCAUCACUUUGCAUGUGCAUUCUGUGACCAGAAGAUGAAUCAGAAGACAAAGUUCUUCGAAUUUGAUUUAAAACCCGCGUGCAAGAAGUGCUAUGACAAAUUUCCGCAAGAGUUAAAGAAGCGGAUGCGACGUAUGUAUGAUCUGAAUCCUAAAAGAAUUCCACCAACAUAAAUGCAGAUGACUCUUCUGGAAUUUACAAGGAUUGAAUAAAUAUUCUACGUUUAUAUAAUAUAUAGUGCCUUAUCUGCCUAACAAGUUAACAUAAAGAAAAUAUAUUUAAUCUUUUAUAUUGCAUUAUAUAUAUAUAUAAGCUAUAUAUAAAAUAUACCAAAGCUACUCCACCAUUCUACAAAUUGCAAAUAUUUUAGUAUAGUAUUGCUGAAACUAUUUUUAAUACUACUUACAAUUGAAAAACUAUGAAUAUUUAAAAUACUCUCAAUUUGGUAUUUGAGUGCAAGAAAAAGCGUGCAAUAAUUUUGAAACAUCUUAUGUAGAAAAGGCACAAUGUUAAUUUUUAUAUUUGAAAUGUACGACAAAUGAUAACAGAUAUCUUGGAUUAAAUUGUAUAAUAUGUACUGUA